CCACCCACUGACCCUACAAUGGUAACACGGGAUAUAGGAGUGCAGACUGAUCCGCCUCCGUCUCCGCCAGGAGGACCAAGUAACCAGGCUGCGAAUCCGGUUCCACCGGGGAUCCCUGAGCAGCCUGUGGAUAUGAAUGAUGACUUUGUUGGGGGUGAUUCAGAUUAUGAAGAAGACUAGGGACCCAACGACGAAAAGCAAAAUGAACAACUUGACAUUGCCCAUCAUAUGUUCUCAUUAUUGUUAGAGAACAAACUAUUACUGGCUCCAAUCGACCCGCAUAUUCAAAAAGUACUUGACGUUGGGACUGGAACGGGCAUAUGGGCUAUUGAUUUUGCCGAUGAAUACCCCUCUGCCGAAGUCAUCGGGACCGACCUCUCCCCAAUUCAGCCAUCUUUUGUUCCUCCGAAUUUACGUUUUGAGAUUGACGAUGCUUGUAGUGAUUGGACCUACCCGGAAAACUUCUUUGAUCUGAUCCACGUGCGGUCACUCUAUGGAGCUGUUGCGGAUUGGCCAGCCUUUUACAGAACUGUUCUCAAACAUCUCAAGCCGGGUGGCUGGUUCGACCAGCUAGAGAUGUCCAUUCAAUUUAAAUCACACAAUGGGUCGAUAACAGACGACCACGUGCUUAAUGUGUGGUCGAAAACCUUCAUCGAAGCCGGCGAACGAUUCGGCAAGACAUUCCGUAUCGCAGACCUUUCCAAGGGAUAUCUCCAAGAUGCGGGAUUUACUAAUAUAGUGGAGACGAGAUAUGAGCUUCCUAUCGGCGGCUGGAGUUCUGACAAACAUUUCAGAGUAAUGGGCAGAUGGAAUCUUUUGCACUGUGAGGAAGGAAUUGAAGGAUGGGCAAUGGCCCUCUUAACUAGAGUGAUGGGUUGGUCCUACGAGGAAGUCCAAGUUUUCCUAGCACAGAUGAGGAAAGGGCUUCGAGACCCAGAUACCCACGCGUAUUAUGAUGUGUUCGUCUAUGGUCUUCUAUAUUUCUCUCUCUUACUAAUAAGUUUUUUCACCGCUGUUUUUGCCGUUGCCAUAAUCAACUAUGUAGGAAGCAUCGUUUAUCGCCUUUAUUUUCACCCAUUAGCGAAUAUUCCAGGACCUCUUUUCGCCAAAAUCACUUAUCUGUAUUCUUUCUACUACAACUGCUUGUGCGGUGGUAGAUUCUACAUGAAAAUAGAAGAGCUACACAAAAUACACGGUAAGAGAGAGAUAAUUCCGCUCCUUUCUGUAGGGCCUAUUAUCCGCAUUACUCCUGAUGAAAUCCACCUUUCGGAUCCGGAGAAUUAUGAAAAAAUAUACUACAUCGGUUCCAAAUAUUGGAAAAGCCCUGCUUUUUACCAUGCCUUUGGAACUGACAAGUCGACUUUUACCACUGCGAGAAAUGAAGUACACCGUGUAAAACGAGCCGCACUCAACCCAUUCUUCUCUCAGAAAAGGGUUUUAGAGUUGGAAGAGGUGGUACAGUCGAAUGUGACCAAGUUGGAAUCGCGAAUCCGGUCUGCUCUGAGCAAGGAGGGACACAUUGACCUACAUCAUGGCUUCCGAGCGAUCUCAGUCGACGUUAUUACGGAUUAUGCCUUCAAUAAACCCUAUGAAUUCCUGGACGAGGCAGACUUUGGUGUCGAGUUCUUUAAUAUGAUUCGCGACUUUGGCCCUGGGUUCUGGUUUUUCCAGCAAUUUCCAGCGUUGCAACCCAUUGCGUUUGGCCUCCCAUUCUGGCUCGUCAAGAUCAUUGGUGGUCCGUUGAAAAGGAUGACGAUGUUACAAAAUAGCAGCCGUGAGCAUAUUCUUAGUGUCAAGAGGGAGAUUGACUCUGGCGAAUACAGCCCAAAAUCACGACAAACAAUAUUCCAUCGUUUACUCAGCCCCAAUGCUGCCGCUGGCUAUAUUGUGCCCACAGUGGACGAGCUCAAAGAUGAAGCAUAUAUCAUUGUUGCCGCGGCUGCCGAUACUACCGGCAAUGCACUGACCAUAGCUGCUUAUAAUGUGGUUCUGAACCAGGAAAUCUAUCGAACAUUAACCACAGAGUUGGAAGAAGCAUUUCCAGACUCUGCUGCUGAUCCAGACUUUGUCACUCUUCAAAAACUGCCAUAUCUUACGGCUGUUAUUAAGGAGGCACUCCGAUUAUCUUGUGGGGUAAUUGGACGUCUUCCAAGAGUUGUCCCUGAACCUGGAGCCGAAUUUCACGGGUACCAUGUCCCUGCCGGGGCAAUUGUCAGUAUGAGUUCCUGGACAAUGCAUCAUAAUGAAGACUUGUUCCCUGAGCCCAAGACAUUCAAUCCUUCACGAUGGAUAGAAUCUUCUGCUGCAGAGAGGAAACUGGACCGCUAUAUCGUCUCUUUCGGCAAGGGAUCAAGACAGUGUGUUGGUAUGCCCAAAAAUUUUAGCUACGAGAUGCUCACUCGGUCCUUUCUCUCGAUUGAAGAGCUGCCAGCAUGGGCUAGCUUGAGUGGCAUUCAAUUGCACGGCGUCAAAUUCGCCAAAUUUGAAAAUGGAACCGGUAUUGCUGCAACAGAAGAUCAGGAAAAUUCCGGGUCGCAGGCCCGGAUCCUAAUGACAGUACCUCCCGAUAUGGUCUUGUCUUUGGAAACUGUACAUGGCUAUACCAAGUCGGACCGGUACCUCAGGGAGGUCUUGGAGGCGCUUGACGAUUUCGGACGAACCGCUAGAGGCGCCAUCCUUGUGUUCCUGCUCUGCCAUAUCACAUAUCUGAGUAAUACCAAGGAAAAAGUCGGGGUAGUUAACCCAUGGUCAGAGUAUAUCCAAUUCCUUCCGAGAGAAAUCCCUCUCCCCACGCUAUGGACGGAAGACGAAGCGGCAUUGCUAUAUGGAACGUCGCUCAGAGAUGCCGUGGAGCACAAACAUUCGUCACUUGAGUUGGAAUUCGAACGGCUACGCACCGCGACCGAAUCUAUUCCCUGGUGUAACCGGGAAUGGUGGGGUGUCGAAACUGGAAAACUGGACUUCGAGGAUUGGAAAGCAGUCGAUGCAAUGUACCGCUCGCGAGCGCUGGAUUUGCCGGGUACAGGCCACGCGAUGGUGCCUUGUGUAGACAUGGCCAAUCAUGCCUCUGGGGAAGACACUGUUGCGUUGUACGAAACUGACACAGCUGGCAAUGCCGUCCUACAGCUACGGUGGAACAAGAAGCUUUGUCAAGGCGACGAAGUCACCAUUACCUAUGGUGACGAGAAGGGCGCAUCAGAAAUGAUAUUCUCAUAUGGUUUCCUCGAGCAGUCGGCCAAUAAUGCACGCCAGAUAUUUCUGUCACUUGAUAUUCCCGACGAGGAUCCCUUGAAACAUGCUAAAAGGAGUAUAUGUGCGGAAAAUACCGCGCCGGGUUUACGCCUAUGGGUUGAAGACGAUGGGAAGGUAAAGUGGGAAAGCGAUUUUGUGUACUGGUCUUGCGUAAACGAAGAAGAUGGUCUCGCCUUUGACUUGAUCCAAACAACCCAAGAUGGACCGCCGGGGAUACGAGCGUUGUGGAAGGGGGAAGAGAUCGGACAUAUCGUACCGGGGAUAUCCAAGGAACUGAAACCGCUGCGCAACGUGCUGUCGACGGAUGCCCGCUGGGAGAUCUUUCAGCUACGGGCUGUUGUACUGGUGCAGCAACGUUUACAGUCUCAAUUGAGUAUGCUGACAGGUGAAAUGGAAGCAGCGUUUGAAGAAGUCGAUCACGAUACCGACGGGACACAAACCGGCGUGCGCAGCCACGUGUAUGCAACAAUCCGACGGUUGAGGAUAUUGGAAAUUGGGCUUUUGAGAAACGGACUGGAAGAUUUUGCCAAAACGAUUGAGGAUUUGAUGGCGUCAGAAACAGUUGCGCAGUAUCUCAUGCAGCAAAGCGAUGAGCCUGAAGACUUUUCUUGA